AUAAAACGUAACACCGGUUGUUAGAAUUUACUCUAAAAAGAAAUUCUUUGAUAAGGAUGAAGAUGAUUUCAUAAAAAAAACAAAAUUAAAUUUCAAAUAUGGCAAGCUCAGGUGUGGCGAGGAAAAAAAGUUCAAGCUCAAGUUCACAGGGGUCAGGAGGUCGCCAGUCAGCUGGUUCAACUAAAUCGGCUGGUCGUGUAGCAAAACCCUCGGAUAAGUUGAAUCCUAAAACAAUUGACCCGUUUUCAAAUUCUACGAAGAAUCAGUCAGCUUUUGCAGCAAUUUACUCAAAUGGAGGAAUCCCCUGCAGGUUGACACAUGGCUCUGUGAGACACAAGCUUGCCUGGGAUACACCACCAGAACAGGUGCAGUUUGAUCCUGUACUAGUCACAUUGGCUGAGGGUUUAAAAGAAACUGUUCAUCCAUAUACAUUUGUUGCCAGGACAGGUUUUAAAGAAUUACUAGAGGUACCAGGAUGUGCUAAUAAAGUUAUACCACUCUUGCCUAAACUAUCAGUUGCAAUAAGAGGGGCUAUUGGACAUACAGACCCAACUGUAGUAACAGGAGGACUUGAUGCUGUAGCCCAGCUGAGUGAAGUUGUGGGACCAGCAUUAAAUGCUCACAUUAAUAAACUCCUUGUUCCUGUAUCAAAACAUAUGACAGAUAAAAGACACAAGGAGAAAGUUGUAGAUACAUUAAAUAUACUGGAGAAUAAUGGUGGCAGGGAGUGUCUACCAAUGAUCAAGUCUAAAGUUCCAACAUAUUGCUCUAUUUUUACCUGAUCACAUGACAUGUAGUACCAGACAUCAACUCCGUCCUUACAGCAAUGACUGGCCAUUCUACACAACUGUCAUUCACUGUUAAAUUUACAUUUUUCUAUAACUUUUGAAUUUAUAUGAUGUUGAUGAUGAUGAUUAUGAUGAUGAUAUUUAGGCUUGUUUUAUUACUGAUUGUUUUUUAUGCUUCCCUAAAACAUUGGGGACAAAUAUACUUGCCAAGUCGCAAAGGCAUUAUUAUGAAGUCUGGUCACACUUGCAUACAGUCUCUCCCUAGCAGCUUCACAUGUUGACAGAUGUACUCCUUAUUUAUUUAAUGUAAACCUUUGAUGGUCUUGUAACUUUGAGCAGGGCUUGGGAAUAUUUAAUAGGAACAUAACUUUGGUGACCCUCCAUCUUUGUUGUAAUUAUCAAGGUCAAGAUCAAUGAUGUUAUAAAAUACUUUUUUCACAUUUCCUGACAUAUUUUACAUUGUAGUAUAUUGACAAGUGUAGCUUUUGAACAAUAUAUUUUGAUUUCUACUUUAAGAUUAUUCAGAUUUUUUUUUUGUGAACUAAGAAAAUACUUUCUCUAAUCAUUGUGGAAUAAUCUGUAUCACACACUGUAUCUCAGUUAUUGUAAAAUCUGUGAUUUUUUUCCCUGAACAAACUGACAAUUGUAUGAAAAAUUGUUAUUUCUCACAUUAGUGAGGUCAGGUAUAAGCAGUGCUCACUCAAAACAAACAAAUAUUCUGUGUGAUGUGAUUUUGAGCUAUUCUAAAACAUAUCAGUGAUAGAUUGUUACCAAAUCAUUGAUGUUAUGAAAGUUAUCUUUGAUAUUAUUGAUGUUAGUUUUGACAAUUUUUGUGGGUUUUUGUUGUUGUUGAUUUAAAGAAAAAUAUAUGUUAUUAUUGUGUUGAAUCUAUAUAUGCUUGGUUGUAAUCAUGAAAUCAUCAAGUAGAACAUAACUCUUAAUAUUUAUUUUCAUUUUGUCAGAGUUAUGGCCCUUUUUUGCAUCAUGAUACUGAUUGUCAUAAUAGUCCUUUGAAAGGGUAGGUAACUCAAUUAUUAAGUGAAAAAUUUACAGCAUUGCUGUGUUGAACCAAACGUUUAUUAUGAUUGCAUGAAAGUCAUUCAAAUUAUGUGCAGAAUUUCAUGAUCAUUUCCUUUUUGGCCUAAGGCCAUAACUUUGCAUUGAGUCUUGUUAGAUUAUUGGCAUUUAGUUCAUAGAUUUUGUAAGACAUUAGGGCUUCAGUUGCCUUAUGUUUAUAGCUUAUAUAACAAAUUUUAUCAUUCCUGACUUGUCUGACUUACUGAACAAAGCAUUAGGGAAAAAACAUUACAAGGAAAUAAAAGUACAGGAUAAAUUUUAAAAAGGUCUGUAGGAUUUCAUUCUUUUGCUUACAUUCAUCCCUUAAAUAUGUGAACAUUUUCUGUAUUCUCAAAAUCAGUUUUAAACAUUAAAUAACAACCAAAAUCUAUUGAAAUUCUGUUUAAAAACUCCCAAAAAAUUGAAGGUAUUCUAGUCUAUGAAAAACUUUAUACAUGAAAAUGUCUGCAUCAUCACUAAAUAUUUUGUCUGUGAUAUUGUAAGUAACAGAUAUUCAAUAUCUUGUAUUUCGGUUGUAAAUACUUAUUAUACAUGUAUGUCUUUCACGAUUUUAUAUUGUUGCCAUAUUUUCAUGCUUUUUUUUAUUGAAUUCAUGCACUAUGUCAAUUUCAUUUUGUAUUUGAGACAUUUUUAAAACUUUUGCCAGUAGAAAAACAUAAAUUUCAGGUUGAAGAAAGACACAUUCUUUUUAUUUGGAUAGCAUUUUUCUAAUAUUCUCGUGUUGUCCGAUGUAAUUUCCAAGAUGUUUCAUAUACAAGAGAAAAUAAAUUGAAAGAACCCCUUUUAAUAAACUGCAAAUUUUAGCAAUGAAGCACAUUGCGGAAUCAUGAUAAACAAGUUUGUCCAUUGUACUAUUAAUUGAUAAUAGCAAAGGAUUUUUUUCUAUAUAAGCCGUGCCAUGACAAAACCAACAUAGUGCGUUUGCGACCAGCAUCCGCGCAGUCUGAUCAGGAUCCAUGCUGUCCGCUAUCAGUUUCUCUACUUGUUAUGGGGUUUGGAAGCGAACAGCAUGGAUCCUGAUCAGACUGCCCGGAAGCGCAGGCUGGUCUGGAUCCAUGCUGGUCGCAAAGGCACUAUGUUGGUUUUGUCGUGACGCGGCUCAUAUACAGAUGUUUCCCAUUUAGUAAGACAACAUGUGUUAAAGCACAACACCUAUAUGUGAAAAUAAGGAUACAGAUAUGAAGUCUUCAGUUAUUUUUGGCCUUAAUGAUAGAAAGAGGGAACUUACACAGCAUGUUAGAGAGAAACUUACUAUUAUUUAUACUGUUUGGUAUUACUUUUUUAUUUGGUUUUAAGUCUCACACAUUUUGUUACUGUUGUAUGGCAACUUUGUUAGAAUUCAAGAUGCAAGUUUAUUUCAUGCUUUUCAGUAGACAGUGAAAUUAUAUUUCGAUAAAUUCACAGUGAAAUUAUCAAAAUAUAAUUUUCACUAUAGCCAGACUAUAUUUAAAUGUGAAUGAAAAGAACGUAACAUAAAUAAGAAGAAAUGCUGUCAACACUCUGUCUAAAGUUAAAUGUGCUUGAUUAUGAGAAGAACAUAAAAAAGUCUGCCCAUGUCAUAUUGAAAAUGUAACAAAAAUUGUGAAAUUGUACAGAAUUAUUUUUCAACACUAACAAUUUGAUGUCAUGAUUUUUAAGACUUCAUGAAUGUUGUUAACAGCAAAAAAAAGUAAAAAUGGCUGAAAAACUACUUCAAAGCAUUU